UAUAGAAUCUACACUUCAUUCUGUCGCUACCAUGAAAGAUGUUAGCGGGUACCUCAAACAACAGCAGAGCAACAGCUCCACGCCAGAGAUGGCUUCGGAGUGGCACGCCUUGGAAGAUUUAUACAACAAAAGAUUGUGGCAUCAGUUGACACUGAAGCUGACAGACUUUGUUAAAGAUCCAUGCUUCAAAACAGGAGAUGGCCUCAUACAGCUUUAUGAAAAUUUCCUCUGUGACUUUGAACACAGAAUCAAUCCGUUGUCACUGGUCGAGAUUAUCCUGUAUGUUGCCAGACAGAUGUCAGAUCCAAAAGAUGCCAUCACUUUUCUCGAAAAGACAAAAGAAAAGGUGAAAAGUAGCGAAGAAGCGGUCAUCCUCUGCAAGACAUCCAUCGGCAGUCUGAAGCUGGAAAUCAACGAUCUCCCUGCCACGAAGAAAAUCAUCGAAGAGGUCGAGGAGAUACUGAAUAACUUGCCGGGGGUGACGUCGGUCCACGGACGCUUUUAUGAUCUUUCUAGCAAAUAUUAUCGCAUCAUCGGAAACCACGCCUCCUACUACAAGGACGCCCUGCGCUACCUUGGAUGUGUGGACAUCAAAGACCUUCCAGAAACAGAGAAGCAGGAGAGAGCUUUCACUCUCGGACUGGCUGGACUCUUAGGAGAAGGAGUUUACAACUUCGGAGAGCUGCUGAUGCAUCCUGUCCUGGAGUCCCUGAGGAACACAGACAAACAGUGGCUCAUCGAUACAUUAUACGCCUUCAAUGGAGGGAAUGUGGAGAAAUUCCAGGGUUUCAAGCCUGCCUGGGGCCAGCAGCCGGACCUCGCAGCACAUGAAGCCAAACUGAUGCAGAAGAUCCAGCUUCUCUGUGUGAUGGAGAUGACUUUCACUCGCCCUGCAAAUCACAGACAGCUGACCUUCACCGAGAUCGCUCAGAGCGCCAAAAUCCCCGUGAAUGAGGUGGAGCUGCUGGUGAUGAAGGCUCUGUCUGUGGGCCUGAUCAAAGGUAACAUCGAUGAGGUGGACCAGAAGGUGCAGAUGACCUGGGUGCAGCCCAGAGUUCUGGACCUGCAGCAGAUCAAAGGCAUGAAGGAGCGGCUGGACUUCUGGUGCGGGGAUGUUAAAAACAUGGCCAUGCUGGUGGAGCAUCAGGCCCACGACAUCCUCACCUGAACAGGCUUCGGUCUGCAGAGAGAAAUCUCCACAUUUCUGCUUUGUUUUUCUUUCUACUGGAUGUUCAUUCUUUUGUUACCGUCACUGUUUAUCAGUCUGUAAAUGAAACUGUGCUAUUUCACAAAUAAACAAUUGGAACAAUAUCCUGGAAAAAUGGACCGCACAAAUAAAUAAAGUCUGUACAAAAGUCA